GAGAGUUCACUUCACUGCGCUUUCUUCAAUUACACUACUCCGUUUCUGAACAAAUACACAGCCUUGAAGCCCUCAUAAUAUAGUUACGCACUUCCCCGGCAUUUUUAUAACACGGUAUAGGUUUCCGAUUAAAUGCAAACUACCAGAACGAAUCUGGGUUACUUCCAGCGGGGUUUUCGGCAGCGGAUUGUCAUCUUUGGUCGACUCUUUAGUGCUACCGCAGCUUCCGUCGUUGUCAUCUAUGUACUAGCUAGGUAGCUAGGUUAGCACCCGACAGUAGAGUCCAGUGGAAUCGCGGUGUUGUGCUGUCAAUUAGGUAGAGCGUAUUCUCCUCAAGCUCUGGAUUCCACAGGCAAGGGACUGGAUCAAGGUGAAACAUGGAUGUGAAGAAAACACUCCUCAUCGGUUAUAGACAAACUCAGUUGUCUCCUUAAAACAGCCCUGACUGUUUUCGGUUGAAACUCUUGCACCAAUGGACGGGGAAGAGCCGCAGCCUUCUGCGGACGGAGAUGCGGGCCGAAACGCAGAGAAGACCAGCAAAGUAGGGAAAGCACAUAAACACGAUGCAUCAGGAAGCUCCAUGCCGGAUCAUGUCGGGGAAGCACAUGGAGUGGAGAAUCAGACACAGGAUGUCAAGCCCCCUGUUGGCUGUCCUCCCACUGACUGGUUGGAGCCGCUGGAAGAUGAUGAGCAAGGCGAAGAUGAUGAAGAAAGCUUAGCGGGAGAAAGUGAAAAGAGUCAUGCUGUAAUAGGCAGUGGGAGUGCUAAUAAAACUCUCACUAGAAUUGUCCGACCUCGACGUAAGCGCACCCAUCCCGAUGAGGGGUGGUUUGACUUCCCGGAACUUGGAGAGGGUUGGAAACGCAAAGAGGUUAUUCGACAAUCUGGUUCUAGUAUUGGACAAAUGGAUGUCUAUUACCUCAGUCCUGAAGGUUAUCGGGUGAGAAGCAGAGUCGAGCUGAUGACGUUGUUUCUGGGAGUCCAAGACAUAUCAAAUUUUGACUACAAGGCGGGGAAGUUCCAUAAGGGCGAAAUAAAACAAACUCGAGGCAGACGGAAGAGGAAGACGCGGGAGCGGUCCUCCUCAGAGUCCAGCUGGGUGGACAAAGGAGAGAGGGCAGAGAGUCCGGAGUUUCAGCCCAAGCGCCCUUCCAAUAAUUGGGCCAAAUCCUUCCUCUCCAAUGACACAAUUUCCCAAAUUGCUAGCAAAGAACCUGUCGUACCGAGUAUUAAAAUUAAAUUACAUCUGCCCUCGAUAUCCAAACCGCACCUCUCCAUCAAGGGACAGCCGGGGCCGGACGAUAAAACAUUAUUGUGUUCCAAAUGCGGUAUGCCGUUCAUUGGCACGUGGUACGACAGACAAAGAAAGAGACCCUCUUGCCCUUCGUGUUGGGCCUCAAAGACAAUCGAGCACCCGUUGAUUCGGAUGCGGAAGUGGAUUCCCUGCGGGCAGUGUGUGGGGUGUCACAUGACUGUCAACUGUGGCCAGUGCGCCAACUGCAAGAGUCCAGAGAACCGCAAACGCAUCUGCCGAAUGCGCAAAUGCCUCUGCCCAAUUCGCAAAAGUUCGGAAACCGAAAGUGUCCUUCCAAAGAUGGCGGACAACGAUGUUCCGGAAUUACUGGACGACAACGCCAGUUUGCAGGAGGAACCGAUGGACUCCCAGGUGCUAUUUCCACUGCCGGAGCUAAAAAGCAGCGAAAACGAGAACUUUUCUUCCAACGUGGACUUUGACGACGACGAUGACUACUCAACAGACGAUGAUGAUGAUUGGCACAGGAAGCGGAAACGACGCGCCUGCGGCCAAUGCGACGCGUGUCUCUGCAGGAAGGACUGCGGCACGUGCGAUUUUUGCGUUGACAAACCCAAGUUUGGCGGCAGCAACAAAAAGAGGCAGAAGUGUCGCCAGCGACAGUGUCAGAGACAGGCAAUGAGGCACUUGCUCCCCUUCCAGAUGUCUCACGGCGCUUAUAGGUCGGACGAUCCGUCGCUGCCGGGCAGGCCGCGGCCUCACUACACGUACAGUCGAAAGACAAAUUUAAAGAGGAGUAAAUUGCCAGCGGGCUGUUGGGACUUCACUGACGAAGACGACGACGACUUCCAAGACAUUGGCUGGAGCGCCGAACCUUCGCGCAGUAACACAAACGACAUUAACUCCAUGGACAAGUCAAAACAGUUGAAUCGUUCCAUUUUGGAAGAUCAAGAAAUGGCAAAAAGAGACGCCCACCAAAGCAACAGCAAAGGCUCUCGAGAGCAGCAAAACGAAAGGAAUGAAGCAGAGUCCCAGCUUGAGACGGAUCGUCCGAGGCCCGUCCAAGAGGAGCAUCACGAGUUGCCGAUGAUCACGCAGAUCUUCAGUUUGGCCGCCAAUCCCGUGGAAGCGGCGGAGGACAGCGAUAACCAGCUGGUGAAUCUGCUGACUUCUUUGCGCUGCACCUCGCUGCCGAUCCUCUGGUACGCCGUCAUGGCCAAGGGCCCGCAGAUUCAGCUGGUCCAGUGCUCGAAGCAGUCCAACAUGUCGGACACCAUCGUGUUGAUCGACCCGGGCUGCUUCUAUCAGGUGACGGUGCAGAAGCAGCCGCUCUUACCCACCCACUCGCUCUAUCGCAAAUUCCCGCACAAGUUAACGUCUUCCACCCAAGUGGUCAGUCUGCUUUUGGGCCUGGAGAAAUAUGCCCUGUGCCAGGGCUUGCCCCCCAAGGAGCCCUUAUCCAGCCAGGCCCCCAUUACGUUGGAGCGGGCCUCGACGUGCGAGUUUCUGGUCAAGAAAAACGUCAACGUCUGCUUUUACUGUAAAUUGCUUUGCGAUUGAGGACGCUGCGCUCGGGAGUGGGACCAAGGCGGAAGAGGCCGCCGUUCUACCGCCUACUGUGCGGCUUGACCUCUGAACCGGAAGAGUUCCGUUGAAGCGUCACCAAAGGCAUUCCGAGGACAUCGGGCGCACGUCUUUCCGUCAUUGUUUUUCCGUUUGGCUCCAUUAAAGUCGCCCAAAGCUC